CCACUCGGAGAAAUUGCCAGGUCGGUGACGGUGGUAUUAUAGUGUUGGACGCCACAUUGGACGCGUCGACGACCGACGAUGCCGAAUGGGAGCUGGCUGGUGGUCCACCCUCGCCCUGCGACGUGUCCUUCUUCAACGAUAACGUUCUCAUCAACGGGCGCAGCAAUCUGUCAAGGACGCCGCGAAACCACAAGCAUCGAAUACAAUUUGACGACACAGCUACACGUACCUUCGAAUAUCCGAGCGAAGCGUCGAUGCUGGAGGGUGACAGCAGCGUGGAUGGCGAAACUUCCGGUUCCGUCGAGCAAUCAACUCUGAUCAGCAAUAAAACGUCCUCGGCCAAUUCGACGACCAGUAUGCCGACCUUACUCGGUGGUGGUGGUGGCCUAGCCAGUUACACUCCUAGCAAGGUGGACCUGACAUCCGAAGGGUUCGAGCUGGGCGUGACCAGAGCCAUGUCGUCGAGCCCGCAGGCGACCUCCACGUCAACGUCGUCGUCGACACCAACGACCACCACGUCGAGCGAAGCAGAGAACGAAAGCGAAGUAGAUUAUCUGAAGCCGGCUCAAGAUGCGGGCGCAUGGGGUUCCGAAACAACUGGCGAUCUUCUCUACUGACGCGACUGAAAAACUCAAAGACCAGAAGAAAACGCGUGAAGCGAGAGAAAUCGCUGGAAGCUCAAAGCUCUUGGAGGAGAGCAAGGAAUCGGAAAAUUCCGACUACUCAGAAGACUAAUCGUGAAGUAUUUUUCUUUCCCUUUCUUUUCGUAGACAGACUCGAGAAAGAGAGAAUCUUUUACAGUAAAGAAGUGUAUUAUGAACAAAGAAGAGAAAAAUGUCGGGUGGUUUCUUUGAACGCUCCGAACCGAGCGGCCCAAACGUGACGAUUGCUCACCGUAUGAACAUAAGCAAACUAACUUUUCGAGAAAUGCAUCACGCGACGCGUUCACGAUCGGUGCGAGUCUUGCUUACGUCAGUUCGCUGUCGUAAGAACUGCGUGCAAUGCUUCUUUUCUUUUUUCUCCGAUACGAUGAAAUGCGAAUCAAAAGAGUGUAAAUGUUCGUUCGCGAACGCGUCGAAGCAGAGGCAGUCCUUUUCUUAGAUAAUUAAGCGAAAAGACAGUAUCAUUCCAAGUAUAUGCAUUUACUUUGUAUUAUUACGAUAAUGAAGUGAACAGACUUUUUUCCUAAGUAACGUGUAACUAAAACUGCCAAGAUAUGUCAGUGCUUUUCUUUUUUUGAUAGCACUUUAAACGGAGGAGCCCAGUGAUCGAUGAAAAACGAAAGAAAGAAAAAAAGGGGGCAAAAAGGAGCAUAUCACCUUUUUGGCACAUUUUUAUAACAAACGGAGAGAAGUCGACGAUGGAACUGAACAUUUUGUAACCUUUUUGAGAUUACUUUAAUGCUGAGCCGUUUAAUGUUCAAGCUGCCACUCAAAGGCCAGAAUUUUAUGCAGGAUUUUAAGAAAAGAAAGAAAAAAAAAACGAUUAAAUGCGAGAAAAAGAAUCGUUUGCAAAAAAGGAAAUAUUGAAAGAUUCGAAGUUAGAUUUUUGUAAAAGGUUUAGCCAAAGUAGAAUAUAAGUCUACUUAAUAUACUUAAUAUAUCUGUACAAUAAGUCGAAAUUUUGGUCCAGGAAUAACAUUGCAAUUGUAAAUUCUGAGAAAUUUGUUAUUUAUAUUAAGUGUAUGUUAAAUCAUACUGAUAUCUCUUACGAAUGCUCAAGAUAAGAUGAUAGAUACAUGUACAACAUUUGUUUUGUUGAAUUUGUUUUAUUUUUCGUUUCUUACAUUUAGACGUGGACCAAACAAAAAAAGAAGAAAAUAAUCAAUGCGAAAAAUUGAGGAAAAAGUAUUCAUUUGUUAAUAAUAUGAAUUUUAAUUUUAAGCGAAUCAAAUUUUGUACAUAUUAAAUUAUUAUCGAUCUCGAAGUUUCGUGAAGCUUAUGUACGGAACAAUUAAAUUACUUUGAGAUCGAUUUAUUUCGUGUACUCUUUCUGUUUCUUCUCUGUUGUCCGUAUUAUGUUCAAAGUGAUAACACGAACGUUGAGAAAUUAAAAAUGUUAUGUUCGAUCGCGUAAAUGUUUGAAGUGUGAUUGCGGCAGUAUGAUUAACUUUCGAUUAAGAUUUAAUCGCGUGAUCGCGGACUGAUUCAAGGGUAAACGUGCGAUACGAUAAUAAUUGCCGAUAAUGAUGCAUUUAUACGCUAAAGUAUAACAACUGUGUACCAAUCUCCGUCGUUGUAUUUAGUAAAUGCUAAUAUUUCAAUUGCUCUUGCGUACUUCGCGACGUAAUCGCUUUCUUUUUUUCAUCAGAUUUCACGUUAUCGUUUGAUCUAUACUUGAUGGGUCUGUGUCACAGCGUUGCAUUUUACACUGUGAUAUUUUUUGUUAUUUUCCCUAAUAAUGACAUAUAAUUGCUUCCGAAUAUUUUAAGGAACCAGUACCGUGUGUCGACCGCUCAGUUUGUAUUUUCACAGUUGCUACGUAACGAGUGAAAACGAGAUUACAAUGAACAAAACAUUCCAAAUUUUGUCACGAAUUUUUGUAUCUAACGAAACUUUUGUAUCCAACGAUCACUUUGUGUAUCCAUGUAAUCUCGCUACUCCGGUCGAGGGAACUCCGUAUUAUUUCUGUAAAUUAUCGCUGUACAGUAUGGAAAGGCACCGCCGUUCAAGUAAAGGAUUAAAAAAAGGAAAUAGUAUUAUCCUAAAA